UGUAUAGUCACAGACAGGGUGUGACGAAGAGCUGUUCCCAAAUCUCGCAAACUCUCGCGAAAGAUGCAAGCUUCAUACUUCCCCGUGAACCUUUGCGAUUUCUCUUUCUAGCCGGCGCCUGAGAAUGGGUAUCUCGAGGGAUAACUGGCACAAACGCCGCAAGACCGGCGGUAAACGCAAGCCUUACCACAAGAAAAGGAAGUAUGAGCUUGGGCGUCCUGCUGCAAACACCAAGAUCGGAGCUCGCCGUAUCCAUACAGUGAGGGUCCGCGGUGGCAACAAGAAAUACCGUGCUCUGAGGCUCGAUGUCGGCAACUUCUCAUGGGGCUCUGAGUGCUGCACUCGCAAGACCAGGAUCAUUGAUGUGGUCUACAAUGCCUCCAACAACGAGCUGGUGAGAACCAAGACCCUGGUGAAGAACUGCAUCCUUCUGGUUGACAGUCUUCCCUUCAGGCAGUGGUAUGAGGCGCACUACGCCACUCCUCUGGGACGCAAGAAGGGAGCCAAGCUGACUCCCGAAGAGGAGGAGGUCCUGAACAAGAAGAGGUCCAAGAAGAUUCAGAAGAAGUUUGACGAGCGUAAAAAGACGUGCAAGAUCAGCAGCCUCCUGGAGGAGCAGUUCCAGCAGGGCAAACUGCUCGCCUGCAUUGCCUCCAGACCUGGCCAGUGUGGCAGGGCAGACGGCUACAUCCUGGAAGGCAAGGAGCUCGAGUUCUACUUGAGGAAGAUCAAGGCCAAGAAAGGCAAAUAGAUGUACAGCUGUUUGAUACUACGUCAAUAAAACCCACACGUCCCAGAA